AGUGCGCAGCUAGCAUUAGUAAAACACAUACAAAAGUGACAGCUUGUUUUUGUUGUUAUUAAAUAGGCGAAAAGUAAAGUGAAAACUGCGUUUCUUAUACAAUUAUUUAACCAGCACAAUUAUGAAGUUCCAAUACAAAGAGGAGCAUGCAUUUGAGAAGCGUCGCGCUGAGGGUGACAAGAUCCGCCGUAAAUAUCCUGACCGUGUUCCAGUGAUUGUAGAAAAGGCACCCAAAGCUCGCAUUGGUGAUUUGGAUAAAAAGAAGUAUUUGGUGCCAUCUGAUUUGACUGUUGGACAAUUUUACUUCCUGAUCCGCAAACGUAUACACCUGCGUCCCGAGGAUGCACUCUUCUUCUUUGUCAACAACGUCAUUCCACCAACAUCUGCGACCAUGGGCUCGUUGUACCAGGAACAUCACGAGGAGGAUUACUUCUUGUACAUAGCCUACUCUGAUGAGAAUGUUUAUGGCAUGGACAAGUAAAGCCGACUGCUUCCCACAAACCAUGCAAUAAAAGCAAACUAUACAGAAAGUUCUAUACAUGUAUACAAACUUAUAAUUUACGUUUAGCAUGCAGUUUAAACUAUAAUACAAAAUGAUAAAAAAAAAAAAAAACAAAAAAACAAUUACAAAAAGCAGCAUAAAAAUUAUAUUAUAGCUAAACUAAUUGUGCAGGUCUAAGGCAGUAAAAUAUUAAAAACAAAAAA